AUGGCUGUGCCUACCGCGGGGGGAGCAGCCUCGCGCCACGAUCUCGAUGAUGCUGCUCUCGGGAAGUAUUUACAAAGACAGCAGUCUGUACCUCCAUUGAAGUUACCAGUUGUUUCGACAAAGAUCGGCUAUGGGCAAAGUAAUCCGACGUACUACGUCGACGAUGCCGCCGGAACUCGAUUGAUUCUCAGAAAGAAGCCGGCGGGGCAAAUCAUCACCAAAGUUGCCCACCAGGUUGAUCGGGAGUACCGUGUGCUGAAAGCCUUGGGCACGGUAGCCGGGUUUCCUGUGCCGAAAGUCUACGCGCUAUGCAUGGACGAUUCUAUCAUCGGCACCGCGUUCUACGUCAUGGAGUUUGUGAAGGGCAGAAUUCUCACAGAUUACAGCCUUCCAGAAAUGUCGCCUUCGGAUAGGCGCAAGGCCUGGUUCUCUCUGGUGGAAACUUUGGCGUGGCUGCAUUCCAUUGAUCCGUUUUCUAUCGGGUUGGAGGGGUUCGGCAAGACCACGGGGUUUUACGCUCGACAUUGUAACACCUUUGAAAGAAUUGAGGCCGAACAAGCAAAGAUCACAGAUAGCAAUGGCAAGCCACUCGGCAGAGCACAUGAGAACUACGACGAAAUUAUCGACUUUGUGAGGAAAAAUCUUCCUGGCGAGCGCUACGCUAUUGUGCAUGGGGACUAUAAGUUUGACAAUGUGAUUCUCCAUCCCACCGAGCCACGAGUCAUUGCAAUCCUCGACUGGGAACUCUCAACAAUUGGACACCCGCUGAUGGAUGCAGUGAUGGUCGUUGGGCCGUUCUGGAACGAGACCUAUAAGGCGACUGGUGGUCGCUCUUCGACUCUUCUUUCGCAGACUCCCGGAGUGCCCAAGGCUGAUGAGCUGAUGGACCGUUACAGUGAGAUUGUGGGAUUCGACCCGCGAAAAGACGGCGGAGGCAAGGAUUGGGAAGUCGCCAAAAUCUUCAAUCAUGUCCGGGGUAGCACGAUUACGCAUGGGAUUCAGGCCAGAACGAUCCGUGGUCAGGCCAGUAGUGAAUUUAGCCACCAGUAUUUUGAGUACACGAAAUCAGGUCUAGACAUUGCGCUGAGGAUAGUUCGGGAGAUGAAGGCAAAGGAGAGAUCUGUACCGCGACUCUAG